AUGGGCGAGUGGCAGCAGCAGCGCAAUCGUGCCGUCGUGUACCUGGAACCCGGCACCACCAAGACGGCAGUGGUCGAGCUUCCCAUUGCGGAACCGGGUCCGGGUGAGGUGCUUGUCAAACUGCACUACUCCGGCGUCUGCCACACGGAUGCCGCCUUUUGCUUGAACUCUUUCAGCACGGUGCCACCAACUGCCCAAGGGCAGAUUGGCGGACACGAAGGUGCAGGCGAGGUUGUAGCACUUGGCCCAGGCGUCACGGCACCGGCUGUCGGCUCCUUCGUGGGCAUCAAAUUCGCCGCCGAUGCGUGCCUGACAUGUGACAACUGCAUCGAGGGCGGCGAUUCGACGUGCCAGCAGACGCAAAUCUCGGGCUAUACGGUGCCCGGGACGUUUCAGCGAUUCUGCACGACCCCUGCACGCUACGCGACGCCGAUCCCGAGCGGACUGGACCUCGCGUCCGCCGCCCCGCUCAUGUGCGGCGGCAUCAGCGUCUACACCGCGCUCAGGACGGCGGGGCUUCGAGUGGGCGACUGGGUCGUCAUCUCGGGCGCUGGCGGCGGACUGGGCCACCUGGGUGUGCAGUACGCCAAGGCGCUGGGGGCGCGCGUCGUGGCCGUGGACGCCGGCGUCAAGGAGGCGCUCUGUCGCGAGCUCGGUGCCGACGACUUUGUCGACUUCGCGGCGUUUGCGUCGGACGCCGACUUGGCGGCGCGCAUCAAGGAGGCCACGGGCGGCGGCGCGCGCAUUGCGCUCAUGUGCUCGGCGAGCUCCAAGUCGUACGGGCAGUGCAUGUCCUGGCUCGGGUUCAGGGGGACGGUCGCCUGCCUGGGGAUCCCGGACAAGGAGGGCGCUUUGCUGCCCAGCAUCGGCGACAUGGUGACAUUCGAGCAUCGCAUCAUCGCGACCAAGACGGGCAACCGACUCGAGGCGAAGCAGUGUCUCGAGCUGGCAGCGCAGGGUCGUGUGAAGACGCGGUACACACUGCGCCGCAUGGAGAGUCUGACGAACAUCUUUGAGGAACUCGAGAGUGGCAAGAUUCAGGGUCGUGUCGUGCUCGACCUUCGGGGCGAUUAA